AUGGAUUCUACAUCUUCAGAGACCUCUGUGAAGGAGGAUCAUGGAGCAUACCUUUUAUUGCCUAUUCAAGAAAGUUUACCUGUGAAGAAGACUGUGGAGAAAUGUGGAAUGGGGAAAAAGGCUAGGAAAUCCAGGCUACAUCAGUCCCCUGAAAGUGACAAGCAGUUCCAAACUGAAAUUGAAAUGCGGGAACAUCAGGUCUGCCCUGAAAGACCCACUAUUCUCUUAAAGUGUGAUAUUUGUGAGUGUGCAUUCAAGAGGGAAGAGGAGCUGAAUGCCCACAAGGUUCGUCGCCACACGCGUCGGCAACCAGUUAUAUGUGAUAUCUGUGGAAAACCUUUCCAACGCAAAUCCCUCCUGAAUAAACACAGGCAGCGGCAUGCCGACCAGUCACCCUUCAAGUGCGCCGAAUGUGGCUGCACCUUCAAGAGGGAAUAUGAACUGAAGUCUCAUCAGAGAAAAUAUGUAGGCACAAGACCAAAAUUAUGCUUCAGCAUCACAGGGAUGAGAGUCUUUCACUUAGCAUCUCAGGAAUUGAUAACCAAGACCAAGGAGUUUGGGAAGAAUCUCAAGCUGGAGGAUGUGCAGGAAACCUUCCUUACGUUUCUAAAUUCCACGGAUGGAAAGUCAGCUGAUGGGAGGCUUGUGGAUGCCAUCUUGCAGCGGCUCUAUGAGAUGCGCACAUGGUUCUGCCGGCAACGUCUCUUUCACUUCUAUGCCAGUUCUCUGCUUGUGAUCUAUGAUUGCCUUUCACCACAAGAGGAUGAGAAUGGGCCUCAGGUGUGCCUCAAGAUGAUCGACUUUGCCAAUACUUACCCGUGCCUUGAUGGUUCCCUGGACUCCAACUACCUUGGGGGCCUCCAGGAUCAAGCAGAGAUCAUUCACAAGCGGGUAACAGAGGAGGACGAUAGUGAAUACUAUGUCCAUUAUGAUGGCUUCAACCGCCGGCUGGAUGAGUGGGUUCCUCGCAGUCGCAUUGAUGCGUCUGACUCUCGAGGGCGAGGUGACCGAGUCAUCCCACCUGGUGGAGAUUCCCUUUUUGAUGAAUCAGAUCGGAAGAUCACUCGUAAUCAGAAGAGGAAGCAUGAUGAGAUCAAUCAUGUCCAAAAGACAUAUGCAGACAUGGACCCAACAACUGCAGCACUAGAGCGGGAACAUGAAGCAAUCACCAAGGUGAAGUAUAUUGACAGAAUCCAGUUUGGUAAGUACCUCAUCGACACAUGGUACUUUUCACCGUACCCGGACGAGUAUGGCAAGCAGCCCAAGCUCUAUGUAUGUGAGUACUGCCUGAAGUACAUGAAGCUGGAGAAGACCUUUCGAUAUCACCUUAGUGAGUGUAAGAUGCGGCAACCACCUGGGAGGGAGAUCUACCGCAAGGGGACACUUUCUCUGUAUGAAGUGGAUGGAAAAGACCACAAGCAGUACUGCCAGCUUCUGUGUCUCCUAGCCAAGCUUUUCUUGGACCAUAAGACACUCUAUUUUGAUGUGGAGCCCUUCCUCUUCUACAUCCUCUGCGAGGUCGAUCGAUAUGGUGCCCACAUUGUUGGCUACUUCUCUAAGGAGAGGGAAUCACCAGAGAACCACAAUGUAGCAUGCAUCCUCACACUCCCACCAUUCCAACGCAAGGGCUAUGGGAAGUUUCUCAUUGCCUUCUCCUAUGAGCUCUCCAAGUUGGAGGGAGUAGUUGGAAGCCCUGAGAAACCCCUUUCUGACCUGGGAAAACUCUCCUAUAGAUCUUAUUGGUCAUGGGUCCUUCUUGAGACCCUUCGUGAUUGCCGUGGGUCCAAUCUCACUGUUCGCGAUCUCAGCCAGAUGACUGGGAUAACACCAACAGAUGUGAUAGACACACUACAGACAUUGAACAUGGUCAAGUACUGGAAAGGGCAACAUGUAGUGUGUGUGACACCCAAACUUGUUGAUGAAGCCCUGAAGUCCCUGACAGUGAGACAGCCAAAGUUGUGCGUGGACAUCACUGCCCUUCGCUGGGCUCCGCCAAAAAAGAUUCCUAAGAAGAAACCUUGAUCAAGCUCUGUUUUAUGUCCCCAUUUUGUCCUUAGCAUUAAUUAAAUGUUUUUUGUUAUGACA